AUGAUUGGCCCGGUAUUAACACAGGACGUUGCUCUUCAUCUGGAGUCCUCACCACAAGAUGAUAGUCCGUCCUUUUCGGUCAUCAUUCCUGUGAAGAGAGGUUUAAAGAAGCCACCUAUGGUAGGAUGCGUUCUUCCAUACCUGGCCAAGGCUGCUACCUUACUUGCUUGCGUCUCCUUGACCUACUUGCUCCUGUCAUGCGGUAUUGCAAUUCGUCGGGCUUCAUGGAGGCCUUCACGACUACUUUCAUCUGAUUUGGAUGAAAGAUGUGCAGGACCGGAGGGAGGCAGUGACAUUGAGGAAGGAGAAACUGCCGCACCUCCAGCUCCGGUCAUAGGUGCAGACUCAGGCGAAGGGACACCACAAAGUGAAGAGCCAUUGUACAUGGAAAUGAGGAGUCUAAAACUUGGAGAUUCGGGUCUUCCUGAGGAGGAAGAGGAUGUUUACGUGGAUAUGGCAAGUUUAGCACCUCCGGGAGCGGGAAGUGCUCGACAAGAGGACGAGGAUAUUUACGUGGAUAUGGGAGGUUUUGCAUCUCAAGGGGGUGAAAGUUCUCAACAAGGAAAUCAGGAGGAACCGAUAUACGUGAAUAUGGGACCUUUCGGACCACAACUAGAAGGCUCUGGAAUCCAGAGCGCGUCCCGUACUAAUACCAGCCUGCCGAGUGGAGUCGGCUCAUCUGUUAUCGACAGUAUAAAGCGAGCUACCUCGAAUUGGCCGAUGUUUCUCGGCGCUGCAGGGGAAGAAUCAGAAAUGGAACACAAGGAUAUUCCACGGGUCCCUUUUUCAUGGCCACCUGCUCAAAAGGCCAAGGAAAGGCGCAAACCUCCUCAGAGGAACCCGAGACGUGGCUUUGUUUGGGGAGCUGAUACAAGUACAGAGAGCCACUAUAUGGACUACACAGAAGUUGCUAAAGUGAUGGAGAAGAACAAACGUGGUGGUGCAUCAGACUGGCGAGAAGCGUCGAGAGCACGAGACCAACAGCGUUUCAGAGGUAUGGGUCUCAUAAAGCCGGAGGAAGUUCUCGCGCAGAUGCAGCAGGAGGGUGGAAGUGCUUCACUGCCAUCGGAAGGCGCCUCAACUGUUGGAGAGGACUCACGUGCUUCAAGAGUAGGUUUUUACGAGGUUAUUUCUGGCUCUGCUCUGCUGAUGAGUUUGCGUUGUAGCUUUAUGUAA